AUGAUUAUAUUGGCAAUUCAUUUUAAAAAUCAUUUUGCCCAAAGAUAAUCAUACAGUAUUUAUAAAACAAUAUUAAUCAUUUAAAAAUCAAAAAUUCUAUAAAUAAUUUCCUUUAGAUCUUUAUUGUAGAUUAUUCAAAGUAUAUUAACCUGUAGAAUCAAUAUAAAAUAAAGAACAACUUAUAACUUUACAAGCCUUUCAUUAAAAUAUUAAUAAAACUAAUAAGAAAGAGCAUCUGUUGUAUCCAGAUUCAGAAACAAAGUUGAAAAAAAAACUUAAGAUGAAUCCACUCUAUCUAGAACUCUUCAGUCUCAAUUAAUUGAAUUAAAGAGUUAUGAUAUUUGA